AGACAUUCUAGGGAGCAGAGAGCCUAAGGAGAGCGCUGCGGGGAGACCAGUGAUGGUUAUAGACGAUGCUGUGGUGAUUUAGGAGGGAGUGGCAAUUGGGUGCUGAGGGUCCUUUCCUGAGCAGAGCCCACACUGUGGCCAGGUGCAGCCAAGCCACUCUUGCCGGCGCUCGUAUCCUUAGUUAGGUGGCGAAAUGCUGAUGGGCUCUCCUAUUCGGGGGAAUGCGGUAGUGAUGUAUAAGGUAUGAAAGAUGUGGCCUGCAGAGAGCCGGCACUAUCUCUACUGCUGCUGCUGCUGCCACCGCUGCCUUUGCUGCCGCCACUACUGCCGCCACUAGAGCUGCCGGGAGUGAGCCUCCCUUCUUCCAGAUACCCAGCUCCGUUGCAUCUCCCGCUCCCUGGCCCCGCACGGACCUCCCCGCCCCAGGGAACAAAAGCAGAGUCCGGUCGCCCUGUUCUGCAGCCAGAGGAUGAUGUGUCGAGAGGGCUGAGCAGAGUGUGGUCUUCAGCGGCUGGAAGCUGCUCCCUGCCCUUUCUCCAUGAGUCCUGACUCGUGGCCCUGGCAAUCUCAGAAGAGCUUCACUGAAUUCCCUUCCGACCAGAACCUGGGAACUCACUCCCCCCAGCAUCACCCCUGUGCAGCCUGGACACACUGACUGAACCAACUUUUAGGACAUUUCAUUCAGUAAGACAUGGUGGUGAACCAAGGCUCUAAAUCUUCAUGAUUGAAGGACUCUUACACAAGGCAAAGAAGAAGAGCAGAUGGGCACCUGGUCAGAGAGGAAAGUAGCUGCUUCCAUCUGACCUACACGAGGAAGGGCAGACCUCUGGCUGAGGAUUCUAUAUGCAAUAUUAGACAGACCUCCUCAUCACCAUCACCACUAUAUCACCACCACCACCACCACCACCACCACCAUCAUCAUCAUCAUUUGCUUCAUGCUUGCCCUUCUUAGGGUCUAGUGUCUUCAAAACCCAUCUGUUCAUUUGGCCAUCCUCUUGGAGCACACAUUGAAGCAUUGAACUCUUUGGCAUUGAAGGUGUGACAACAAAAGCCAGAUGUCACUCGUGAUGGUGGAGUUUACGCUCUGGGGCUAAGGACCUGAAACAUUUCACUCCGCCAGAGUGAAUGACAUGCACGGUGUUGGGUGUCCUUUCUGAAGGGAGGAGCCUUUCUCUUGGAGAGGAUCCUCGAUGAGCCUGGCCGAGGCCCGGGGUCUGUGUGAAGAGGACUAAGGAUUAAGUAGGAUGUCAACUGAGACAGAACUUCAAGUAGCUGUGAAAACCAGCGCCAAGAAAGACUCCAGGAAGAAAGGUCAGGAUCGCAGCGAAGCCACUUUGAUAAAGAGGUUUAAAGGCGAAGGGGUCCGGUACAAAGCCAAGCUGAUUGGGAUUGAUGAAGUGUCCGCAGCUCGGGGAGACAAGUUAUGUCAAGAUUCCAUGAUGAAGCUCAAGGGUGUUGUUGCUGGCGCACGUUCCAAGGGAGAACACAAACAGAAAAUCUUUUUAACCAUCUCCUUUGGAGGAAUCAAAAUCUUUGAUGAGAAGACGGGGGCCCUUCAGCAUCACCAUGCUGUUCAUGAAAUUUCCUACAUUGCGAAGGACAUCACAGAUCAUCGGGCUUUCGGAUACGUUUGCGGGAAGGAAGGGAAUCACAGAUUUGUGGCCAUCAAAACAGCCCAGGCGGCUGAACCUGUUAUCCUGGACUUGAGAGAUCUCUUUCAACUCAUCUAUGAGCUGAAGCAAAGAGAAGAAUUGGAAAAAAAGGCACAAAAGGAUAAGCAGUGUGAACAAGCUGUGUACCAGACCAUUUUGGAAGAGGAUGUGGAAGAUCCCGUGUACCAGUACAUUGUGUUUGAGGCUGGACAUGAGCCAAUCCGUGAUCCUGAAACAGAAGAGAACAUUUACCAGGUUCCCACCAGCCAAAAGAAGGAAGGUGUUUAUGAUGUGCCAAAAAGUCAACCUGCUGUGACCCAAUUAGAACUUUUUGGAGACAUGUCCACCCCUCCUGAUAUAACCUCUCCCCCUACUCCUGCAACCCCAGGUGAUGCCUUUCUCCCGUCGUCGUCCCAGACGCUUCCGGGGAGUGCAGAUGUGUUUGGCUCUAUGUCUUUCGGCACUGCUGCUGUACCCUCAGGUUAUGUCGCUAUGGGCGCCGUCCUCCCAUCCUUCUGGGGCCAGCAGCCCCUUGUUCAACAGCAGAUCGCCAUGGGUGCUCAGCCACCCGUCGCUCAGGUGAUACCAGGAGCUCAGCCCAUCGCAUGGGGCCAGCCAGGUCUCUUUCCUGCCACCCAGCAAGCCUGGCCCACUGUGGCCGGGCAGUUCCCGCCAGCCGCCUUCAUGCCCACACAAACUGUUAUGCCUUUAGCAGCCGCCAUGUUCCAAGGUCCCCUCACCCCCCUUGCAACCGUCCCAGGCACGAAUGACUCUGCCAGGUCAAGUCCACAGAGUGACAAGCCCAGGCAGAAAAUGGGGAAGGAGUCGUUCAAGGAUUUCCAGAUGGUCCAGCCUCCACCCGUACCCUCCCGGAAGCCUGACCAGCCCUCCCUGACCUGUACCUCAGAGGCCUUCUCCAGUUACUUCAACAAAGUCGGGGUGGCACAGGAUACAGACGACUGUGAUGACUUUGACAUCUCCCAACUGAACUUGACCCCUGUGACUUCUACCACACCAUCUACCAACUCACCUCCAACCCCAGCCCCUAGGCAGAGCUCUCCAUCCAAAUCAUCAGCAUCCCACGUCAGUGACCCGACCGCAGAUGACAUCUUCGAAGAAGGCUUUGAAAGUCCCAGCAAAAGUGAAGAACAAGAAGCACCUGAUGGAUCACAGGCCUCCUCCACCAGUGAUCCAUUUGGGGAGCCCAGUGGUGAGCCCAGUGGUGAUAAUAUAAGUCCACAAGACGGUAGCUAGAUAGCGCAGGUCUGGGAGCCAGAGCCUCUCUAUGCGAAAAUCAACAGACCUAAGAAAUAGCAUCAAUGCGAGCUCAUGGUGGGUGCUUCACGGAUGGCAUGGGAAUCUGCAGUACAACAGGCUCUCUUGGGCUCUCACCUCACUUCAUCCCACAGAAAAACUCACAGUCGCCCAGUGAAACCACCUGAAGAAGGAACAACAUGGUUUUUGGCAACCAAUGGCAGAUACCUAUGGCAGCACAAAACAAAAAACAAACAAAACAAAACACAACAACCCACAAAAGUACUUAAAAAAAAAAAAACCUGAACAAACAGAAACCAACAUUAAUCACCAGUCAAGCCAACGCUUAACCAACAAAUACCUUGAGCUCUCUCAGCUGGGUCUAAGACGCCCCUGGAUUUGAAACCGUUACUGUGUUUUGCUUUUGCUACCUGUUGACCACUGUAGAGACCACAGAUUGGGAGUGGCAGGCAUCAGAGAAUUGUGACAAGGUUGGCACUGACUCGUUUGAGGCCAAAGCAAGGGAUCCUUUGUGACCACAGUGUCAUCCGUAUGCCUUCUGGCUGUGGCGACGUGCGUGCGCGCGUGCGUGGCAUCUCUCCACGGGGCCUGGUCUGCCAUCCUGUCUCCCCUGUCCUUUCUUUGUCCUGUUUGAGAAUUAAUGGGUGUACAAAUUUUUGUAUUGCUUUUGACUUUUUUAGAAAUGGGUGAAGAAGUCUAAAUGGGGGAGGGAAAGCCUCUUAUGAAGUGAAUUAACUUGAAUCACAAGGCAAUGACGUGGUUGGUGAUUCAUUAUGAUCAAGAAUGUUGCCAAAACAACUCUGUAGUUGUCCUGUGUCAUGGUGAAGAAAGAUGGCUUUUGGCUAGAACCUUCAUUCUGAGGGUAGCAAAGGACAUCAAAUCCCAUUGAUGAGAAAGAUGGAAAAUGCAUCCGGUUUCCUCAGAAAUUCUGAACUCUUGAGUACAAUAAAAUGAUGUCUUUAUUUUUCUGAUACUUCGCUGCUGUGAUACUAUGCAGACAAGUGUCUUCUCCAUGCGCCAUUUUCAAAGAAAAGUCAUUUGCCAAAUAAUUCUGGUACAAUUCUGCUAAUGUGCUUUUGGAUCUUAGAAACCAACUUUCUAAUGGUAACAUAAAUAUUCCAUGUAACAAACUGAUUCUGUGGUCAAAUGGUUCAUCUCUAUCUCUUUUUGUACAUCAGAAAAUUCAAAUGGGAUUUUUUUUUUCUAACUUGAAAAGAAAAACCUUACCAUUAAACUCUUUAACUAUUUAAGGGAAAUGGCUUUAAGGAGUUCUAAUGAAAAAAAACCACCACCUUUUUUUGUAAAUAUAAAUGUCAAUAAAGAUGCUUUUUAAUAAUACCAUUACACUGUAGAGAAGGUAGCAGAUGGAGCGUAAGGUGCAAUGGGCAUGAUGGACCGGGCUCACUUGCCAGGUGUGUUUCUGGGAAGACUGGUAGGAAGCUAGAGUUCAGAGACAGGCAGGAGUCGUGGGCCAAUAGCAGCUAGUGAACAGGAGGAGGUGGGGCUGCACCGCCAGCUGUUCUGGAGCGUCUUCCCCCUCUACCCAGUGAAAGAGAAAGGAGGCUCACUCAUGAAAGAUUUGACCUUCGGAUUUGGAAAGUCACUCACCUCCCCGCUCCCACAUACUCGUCCAUAAAUCAUGGGACUGGUCGUACGUGAACCAGAAGGAUUAUACAUCCUGUUUUUACACACAUGGGACAAAGUUCUAGUGUUCAUUCCUAUGUUUAGCACACAGCUUUCAUAAAGAAUCUCUAUAUUUUUACCCUAUAGAGAACUGUUAUACAGGUCAGAUGUGUUUUCCUGGUGCUCCUAUGCAGUUACAUGUUAGAUGUAGUGGUUUAAGAAGGAAACCCACAAGAAUCAUGUGAUUGGAUCUGGGAGUAUUGAAAAGUCAAACUAACCUUGAGAUGACUGAUUGAAAUUGGCCGGUAUGCUUUGACUUCUUCCUAUCUAUAGGAACUAAAAUGAUUUUGAAGAUGAAGUGGCUCUUCACACAAAAAUCACAAUAUAACGUCAAAAUGAUUGUCGUUAUUUAGAGUCCACGUUUUAUACUGGAAUAUUAUUUUCCCAAACAGAUAAAUGAACCAUAUGUCCAUUAGAAAUUACCACCCUACUAUGGAAAUGCUACCCUAUGGUGGAAGGUCCCAAGAACUAGACAGCAAGAAGGGUUGUCCACUGCCCUCUGAAGCUGCUACCUGUUUGUACAGGAUUCCUCCAGACCAUGUGUCUGUGCUAUGAUGAGGUGACCCUCUUGUGGAAAGCAGAAAUGGGAGGUAUAAUGGCCACAAAUUGCCCUGAAAGCAGUCCUGCUUCUCUGAAGUGUUAGCAAGAUAGGCAGUUGCCGUGGGAAUCAACUUCAGUGGCUAUGGGGUCAUGGUGCUGGGUCUGUAUGAAUGGUGCCAUCGUCUCCCUCAGUGUGGCUAUCUGAGUCUCUCCAUCAGUGUCAUACCCGUAUCCCCAUCCCUUGGGGUACCAUGAUGCGAAGUGAACUCUGAUGCUGUUUUCAGGUGUACCAACUGCAGUUAGCUUUAAAGUGGGUGGUGACAGCCCAGCCAAUUGCCAUAAUUCACUGAACAUGACAGUAACUGGAUCUGAACUUAAGGAAGAUGCCUAGAUGACACAUUAAAAUGAGGGCGAUCAAGUCAAGAUUUUAAACUGCCAUCUAUAUUUCCAUUGGCAGAAUACUGGUUUUGGUUUUGGUUUUGUUUUUAUUUUUGUUUUUGUUUUUUCCUUUCUAAGCACCAUUGGGUAAGUUCAGAACCACUGUCCCUCUAUCCCAGGAAUAUGGUGACCAAUACCAAAAGAGCAUGGGGAGUCUGCACAGUUCUGCUUAGAUAGGUAGGAAGAUUCUCAUGUGCAAUGCUUGCUUCCUCCUCCUCUUAGCACUAAAUUUGUCACUUUAAAUUUUGAAACCAGGGAAGUUCCACCUGUUAUUCUGUCCCCAUCCCCCAUGGCUCUUUGAUCUUUACAUACCACAAGACUUUUUUGAUAACUCGUAUCCAUCCCAGUGUCUACAGAAACCCCAUCAUGUAAUGUACCGGUCACCUUCUUUUAAGAAAAUGUUUACUCCGUGGGUUCGGUUCCUUUCAAUUUCUGCGUUCUGACACAUAUUUUUUUAAUAAAGAUGAGAAAGAGAAAAUGACUGUUGCAGUCCGUUUCUAGACCUACUUUACCUCAGAUGACAGUUUGUUAACAUAUAUGGACACAUUAUUUUUAACUUUAUGUACAAUACAUUCAACAGAACAGCAAAAUUUUUAGAAAUUUUCCAUUAAUUUCUGUAACACGCCAUGUAAAACGGUUACAAAUAAACACGUUUGAGAACAACA